GUGAGAGAGUCAGCGGCAGAGGAGGAGGCAGAAAGAGCACUGAGUUUUAGACCCUGUGCAGAUAGAGAGGAAGGCUGUGAUUUCAAGACGUACUAGGAUUACCAAACACUCUCUGUCUCACAACAUUUGGUCAAGAGGAUGUUAAAAAAGACCCUUAUGGCGAAGGAUGUAUCUUUGAGUAACCUUGGAGUAAUCUGCUGAAAGUCUGAAAUGACUUUCACACACACUUAUCUUCAGACAGUUUGAAAUUGGAGAAGAGAAAGAAGACGUCACAGUAGAGACGUCACAGUAGAGACGAGAGUGAGGACAAAAUUUAGUGUUUCGACUUUCAUACAGCAAAAUAAUGGGGACUGUGAGUGAACUUUGUGUGUCCAGCCUUCAGGCUUUCAUGUGUCCACCAGUGACCAGCCCAUCUACAGUGCCAGACGACCUCACGCCCGAGGAGCAGCAAGAGCUGGAGAACAUCCGGCGACGCAAGCAGGAGCUGCUGGAGGACAUUCAGCGUUUGAAGGAUGAGAUAGCCGAGGUGACCAGCGAGAUCGAGAACCUGGGCUCCACUGAGGAGAGGAAAAACAUGCAGAGGAACAAGCAGGUGGCAAUGGGCCGCAAGAAGUUCAACAUGGACCCUAAGAAGGGGAUUAAAUUCCUGAUUGAAAAUGAUCUUCUGAAGAACACCAGUGAUGACAUCGCUCAGUUCCUCUACAAGGGCGAGGGCCUGAAUAAGACAGCAAUAGGGGACUACCUCGGAGAAAGGGAUGACUUCAACAUCCAGGUGCUGCACGCGUUUGUGGAGUUGCACGAGUUCACAGAUCUGAACCUUGUUCAGGCGCUCAGGCAAUUUCUUUGGAGCUUCAGACUGCCAGGCGAGGCACAGAAGAUCGAUAGGAUGAUGGAGGCUUUUGCCCAACGCUACUGCCAGUGCAACCCGGGAGUCUUCCAGUCCACUGACACAUGCUACAUCCUUUCCUUCGCCAUCAUCAUGCUGAACACCAGCCUUCACAACCCCAACGUGAAAGACAAGCCCACAGUGGAGCGCUUCAUCUCCAUGAACAGAGGCAUCAAUGACGGUGGAGACCUACCAGAGGAACUGCUACGAAACCUGUACGAGAGCAUCAAAAACGAGCCGUUCAAAAUCCCAGAGGACGACGGCAACGACCUCACACACACGUUCUUUAACCCUGACCGAGAGGGCUGGCUGCUCAAACUGGGUGGACGUGUCAAAACCUGGAAGAGACGAUGGUUCAUUCUCACAGACAACUGCCUUUACUACUUUGAGUACACUACUGACAAAGAACCCAGAGGAAUCAUUCCUUUGGAAAACCUGAGCAUCCGAGAAGUGGAGGACAAGAAGCCGAACUGCUUCGAGCUCUUCAUACCGGACAAUAAGGAUCAGGUGAUUAAGGCGUGUAAGACGGAGGCAGAUGGGCGCGUGGUGGAGGGCAAUCACACAUUCUACCGCAUUUCCGCUCCCACCACUGAGGAGAAGGACGAGUGGAUGAACAGCAUCAAGGCAGCGAUCAGCAGGGACCCGUUCUAUGAGAUGCUGGCUGCCAGGAAGAAGAAAGUCUCCUCUAUGAAGAGGCACUAAAUCUGCUCAGGGUGAUUCAGGGCUGUGUGAGUGCUCCCUCUGGUGGAGAGAAGUAACACUUGCAGUGGGACGAUGAGACUGGUCUCCUUCCCACUGCUUACCCCCUUUCAAUAAUGUUGUGUCUGUACUGGGACAGAACGGGGUUUAAGGACUAAGUAGCACAUUGGAGAUUGAAAAAAGCCAGGACUAGGCUCUAUAGUGCCCAGCAGGAACUGUGCUUCUGCUCCUCUUCCUGUUUAAAUGUCCCUCACUUCACCUUAGUGUGUGUGUGUGUGUGUGUGUGUGUGUGUGUGUGUGUGUGUGUGUGUGCGUGCACGUCAAGGGCAUUCUGCUUCAGACUCUUCUCUUGAAAAUCCCCAAAGAAUCAAUCUCAGUCCUAAUGCUGAACCAAAAUGCACACUUUGUCUACCCUGUUUCUAUCUAUCCUGGUUCUUUCAUAUCUCUCUCUCUCAUGCUCUCUCUCUCUCUCUCUCUCUCUCUCUCUCUCUCUCUCUUAAACAUGUCUUAAAACACACACACACACACAUGUUCACGUUUAAUCAGCAGGUCUGACAGAAUGUGGGUUACCAAAAAAAGGCCUCUCCUUGAUUUCAAAACAGGAAAGACCCUUGUAUGCUUUUUUUCUUUAGUUAUGUACAGGCAAUAAGUGUAUUUUUUACAUUUCUAUAACCUCUGUAUAUUCAUUUUCCUCUCUUGUCGAUUUGAUAAACAUCAUUGUAAAGCACCACAUGGCUUUCAGGAGAAAUGGAGGAGGCGGUGUUUAGUGUACGCAAUGCAGGAUGUGAAGCAGUCGUACACUCAUACACUAUCUGGUCAAAGUAUGCGGACACAUGAGUAUCAUACCCAUAUGUGGGACUUCCCCAAACUGUUGAUACAAAGUUGUAAGCACACAAUUGUGUAGAAUGUCUUUGUAUGCUGAAUCACUAUGGUUUCACUUCACUGGAACUAGGGUGUCUAAACCUGUUCCAGCAUGACAAUGCCUCUGGGCACACUGACUAAUUGCCAGGCCUUCUCACCAUUAGUGUCCUUUCUCUUGAAUCUGAAUGGGCACAAAUCCCUACAGCCACGGUUCAACUUCUCAGAAGAGAGAAGGCUGUUAUAGCUCCAGAUGAAUGUGUGAAGGUGUCCAUGUACUUUUGACUAUAUAGUGUAUGUCAAGCUAGGAAUGCCGAUGUAGGCCUUGUGUGUGUGUGUGUGUGUGUGUGUGUGUGUGUGUGUGUGCAUGCUUCUUCAGCUUGCUGUAUGCUAAAAGGCCAAACUGUUUUAGAAAUAGCAAUCAUACUCCUUUUGGGCUGCUUCGUGAAUGCUGUCCAUGUCACUUGUACUGAAACAUUGCAACAACCGCGAGUUCCGAACUCUAAAUCUGCCUAAACUUAAAUCCGCAAAUUGUCAUCAAACCUAAGGUCAGGGACGAAACCCAAGAUAAUUUCACGUCAUCACAGACAAGACUUCCUGUACCUUUAUUGAUCCCUCAUGUCUGAACUAAUGUGUGCUCUAAAUAGCUUACUGGCCCCUUUUUACCUGCUCUGACAGAGUGCAUGCUUUAACGUCACUCUUUCCUUUCUGUGUCCUUCUUUAUGAUUUUACCAAACUAGCAGUUUCCAUUCUCUGAGCAAAGUCAUACAUCUGAGCAGUAUUGGUUUAUUUAUCAAGGAUGUAUAUACUUCAUUGUAUAGUGAUUAUCUUUAUGCAUUUUAUAUAAAUGUGUGUAGCAAAUACAUUAUUAGCUGAGUGCCAUUUUUUUCACUUUUUUUCUUUUUGUCUAUCUUGAAAGUGUACCUUUGGCCUCACGGGUGUGUGUGAGCUCAGUCAUUUUUAGUAAAAAAAAAAAAAAUUAAAUUACAAAAUAAAAUCUAAACACCAAA